AUGUCCCUUAGGUCGACCAGAUCACCCGGGAAUCGGGGCUUUGUCCAGAUCUCGGGUGGUGCCAACAGCACCGAGAUGCAGGAUAUUCCCCUCCGGACCAUCAAGUCCAACGCCAGCUCUACUGGCACCCGCCGAGUCAACGCCGAGAAUAUGGACGAGAAACACGCCCUCUUCCACAAGGCCGUCGGCGGCCCGGCCGGCAGGCGCCGCGUCCGCGGCGACCUACAACGCUCGAACAGCGACGGCAGCGACGAGGCUUCGUUGAACGCCAUGGGUCGCUUGUACAAUAAGAUUGUCGGCUUCUCCGUCCUUACGCGCUACCUCGUCUACGUCGUCCCCGUGGUUCUCCUGCUUGCGGUUCCCAUCAUUGUCCUCCCUCUCACGGGGGACAAGGACCGGGUUUCGCUCGGCGACGGCCACCGCCAUAGCCUGUUCUUACUCUUCGUCUGGUUUGAGGUCUCCUGGUUGGCCCUCUGGGCCGGGAAGAUGGUCGCUCAUAUCUUGCCCUUCAUCUUCAUGUUCUUCUGCGGCGUCAUCAGCUCCGGCACGAGGAAGUACGCCACCGUCCUGCGCGCGCUCGAAAUACCGCUUUCGCUUUUCUUUUGGGGCCUCGCCUCGUGGCUGUCGUUCAAGUUUAUGUGGGAUGGCGCCAAUCGCUCGUGGUCCGACGUCAUCGUCCGCAUCCUGCUUUCGCUCUUCAUCUCGUCCGCCGUCUUGCUCGGCGAGAAGUUCUUGGUGCAACUGAUCAGCAUCAGUUACCACCAGCGCUCCUUUGCCAACCGCAUCCACGACUCCAAGCGCGAGAUCUUUCUCCUCGGCCUCAUGUACGAGGCCUCCCGCACGCUCUUCCCCAUGUACUGCCCGGAGUUUGCCGAAGAGGACUAUGUCAUCAACGAUAGUAUCGAGGUCAUGCUCGCUCGGAACAAGGCCAGUGGGAAGCAAGGUGUCGCAGCCGCGCCUAUGAGGCUCGUCGGUGACGUCGGCCGUUUCGGGGACAAGAUCACCUCUGUGUUUGGCAACAUCGCCUCGGAGAUCACCGGCAAGCAGGUCUUCAACCCCAACUCGGCCCACUCCAUCGUUGUCGAGGCCCUUGAGAAGGUCCGCAGCUCCGAAGCCAUGGCCCGCCGUAUUUGGAUGUCCUUUGUCGUCGAGGGCCAGGAGGCCCUCUCGAUGGACGAUAUCAUUGAGGUCAUGGGCCCCGCCCACCGCGAGGAGGCCGAGGAGUGCUUCAAUGCCAUCGAUGCCGACCAGAAUGGGGAUAUCAGCUUGGACGAGAUGAUCCGCAAGGUGGUUGAAACUGGUAAAGAGCGCAAGGCUAUUGCGCACAGCAUGAAGGAUAUCAGCCAGGCUCUUGCGGUUUUCGACAAGGUUCUUCUUUUUGUUGUGCUGAUUAUCGUCAUCAUCAUCUUCUUGGCCGUUUUCCAAAGCAGCUUCAUCGCCACCCUUACUACGGCUGGUACCACGUUGCUCUCGCUGUCCUUCGUCUUCGCCGUUACCACCCAGGAGUUCCUCGGUUCUUGCAUCUUCCUCUUCGUCAAACACCCCUACGAUGUUGGCGACCGUGUGGAUAUCGUGGGCCCGGAAAAGGAGCAGCUCAUUGUUGAGAAGAUCUCUUUGCUCUACACCGUGUUCACCCGCAUCGACAAAAUGCAGGUCGUCCAGGUCCCCAACAUUGUCCUCAACAAUGCCUGGGUUGAGAACGUGACGCGAAGCAAGGCCAUGAAGGAAGUUAUUGACGUCAACGUCUCGUUCGACACUUCGUUUGAGGACAUCGAGCUACUACGCCUCGAGCUAGAGCAGUUUGUGCGCGCCCCAGAGAACAACCGCGAUUUCCAACCGGAUAUUGCCAUCGGUGUCGGCGGUGUCGGGGACUGCGACAAGUUGACGCUCAAGAUUGCCAUCAAGCACAAGUCCAACUGGCACAACGACGCCGUCCGCGCCACCCGUCGCUCCAAGUUCAUGUGUGCCCUCACGCUUGCCCUCCGUCGCGUGCCCAUCAACGCCCCCGGAGGCGGCGGUGAUGCCCUCGGCGGACCCGCCAACCCCGCAUACAGCGUUGCCGUCACGGACGAGUAUGCCGCCAACGCCCGUGCUGAAUCUGAGAAGACCAAGACGGCGAAGAAGCUAGCAAACCAAAGCGCUGAGGAAUCCGCCACGGCUGAUGAAGCCGCUGCAGCCGAGCAGCGCGCCGCCGACCAGAUCAACACCCGCAAUGCCGUAGUCGAGGCCCUCGACGACUGGGGCUACGAUAACACCCUCACUUUCUCCACCAGCCGCGAUCCCUCGUCCGACCGCCGCCAACCAUCUGACGUGGGUUCCGGCUCCGGCGGCGCUAACCUCGCGCACUCCGCUUCCCGCCGUUCCAACAUCCUCAGCGGUUCGAGUACAAACUUGGGUGCCCGCGAAUCCCAACGUGGCCGCCGCCCAGCCGGCGAAACUCUACCCCCGCACGCCCUUAACGAAGACCCCAGCUUGCCGGGUGUGCAUCUCACACAAUCCACAUCGUCCAACCGCCCCGGCGGCGGCAAACGGUCCUUUGACGUCGAGCGCCAGGCCGGUAUGUCCUCCCCUCCACCGGCCGGUGCUAGCGCCCCCACGGGGGCUUGGGGCACAUACAACCCUUACGUCCAGGGUCCGACGCCCAUCGACACAACUGUUCAACAACAUCAGCAGCAACCCGGCACGUAUCCGGGGGGUGUGACGUCACCAACCCUGACGUCUCCGACGCACUUGCAGCCGGGGUCACCGCCUCCCGGAGCUGGUGGGCGGCCGCUUGUUGGGGCGAGGCAGAGAGGGACCAGUGUGAGCCACCCACAACAGCAAGGGGGAUCUAGUCAGGGACAGGUUGGGCCGACGGGUCCGGGGGGAGCGGGUAGAAUUUGA